AUGCCUACGCGUUCCCUGCCUACCCCCUCAUGCCCACCCCUUCCCUGCCUACCCCCUCAUGCCCACCCCUUCCCUGCCACUUCCCUCUUCCCUUUCAGGGGACGACAUCUAUGGCGGCACGGACUGCCUUCUCUCAAGAGUGCACCAAUACCUCCCCUCGCCUCCCUGCCCUGUGCGUCCCCUCCCUGCCCCGUGCGUCCCCUCCCUGCCCCAUGCGUCCCCUCCCUGCCCCAUGCGUCCCCUCCCUGCCCCAUGCGUCCCCUCCCUGCCCCAUGCGUCCCCUCCCUGCCCCAUGCGUCCCCUCCCUGCCCCAUGCGUCCCCUCCCUGCCCCAUGCGUCUCCUCCCUGCCCCAUGCGUCCCCUCCCUGCCCCAUGCGUUCCCUCCCUGCCCCAUGCGUCCCCUCCCUGCCCCAUGCGUCCCCUCCCUGCCCCAUGCGUCCCCUCCCUGCCCCAUGCGUCCCCUCCCUGCCCCAUGCGUCCCCUCCCUGCCCCAUGCGUCCCCUCCCUGCCCCAUGCAUCCCCUCCCUGCCCCAUGCGUCUCCUCCCUGCCCCAUGCGUCCCCUCCCUGCCCCAUGCGUUCCCUCCCUGCCCCAUGCGUCCCCUCCCUGCCCCAUGCGUCCCCUCCCUGCCCCAUGCGUCCCCUCCCUGCCCCAUGCGUCCCCUCCCUGCCCCAUGCGUCCCCUCCCUGCCCCAUGCGUCCCCUCCCUGCCCCAUGCGUCCCCUCCCUGCCCCGUGCGUCCCCUCCCUGUAGGGUCCGCGAUAGUGGCGGGGGAUGACAUCUAUGGCGGCACGGACCGCCUUCUCUCAAGAGUGGUGCCUCGUGCAGGUGUUGCUGUCAGGAGGGUGGACACAACGGACUUGCAGGCAGUGAGGGUGGCGGUGGGAGAAGACACGAAGCUGGUCGUCAUGGAGAGCCCCACCAACCCCCGCAUGAUGAUCAGCGAUAUCAGGGUGAAUAUGAUCAGGGAUAUCAGGGUGAAUAUGAUCAGCGAUAUCAGGGCCAUAGCAGAGAUUGCUUACUCAGUGGGUGCGCUGCUGCUGGUAGACAACAGCAUCAUGUCGCCCAUGCUGUCACAGCCGUUGCAGCUGGGAGCUGACAUCGUCAUGCACAGCGGCACCAAGUUCAUCAGCGGUCACAGCGAUGUGAUGGCAGGCAUAUCGGCUGUGAACGAUCCAGACCUGGCGAAGCAGGUUUACUUUGUGCAGAAUGCAGAGGGGUCGGGGCUCAGCCCCUUUGACUGCUGGGUGUGCCUGCGCGGAAUCAAGACCCUGCCCCUGCGCCUCGAGUGCCAGCAGAGAAUAGCCGAGUUCCUGGACAGUCACCCGCGAGUGGAAAGAGUCUUCUAUGCCGGCCUGCCAUCCCAUACCAACCGUGACCUCCACUUUUCCCAGGCCAAGGGUGCAGGAUCAGUGCUCAGUUUCACAACAGGCAACAUCAACGCGUCGAAGCACAUUGUUGAGACAAUGAAGCUUGCUAACAUUGCUGUCAGCUUCGUGUGGCGACGUCCAUCAGCCUGCCGUGCUGCAUGUCGCAUACCAGCCCAUGUGCGCAAGGAGCGAGGCCUGGUUGAAGACCUCAUUCACGUCUCUGUGCGGAUUGAGGACGUGGAUGACCUCAUUGCUGAUUUGGGAAUGCCAUAG